AUGGAAAACUCCAGCUUCAACAGCCUGACGCUCCAGCUGGAGGGGCUGAACAUUUCCAAAGAUGCUGUCCACCCAGUCUUUGUUUUCUUCCUUUUCUUCUACAUCUUCAUCAUGAUGGCGAAUGCCAGCAUCGCCAUCCUCAUCCUCGUGGAGAAGAGCCUCCACCAGCCCAUGUACCUGCUCUUCUGCAACCUGCCGUUCAACGACAUGAUGGGGAACACCAUGAUAGUUCCUCGCCUGCUGGCCGACAUCCUGCGACCUCCAUCCGAGCGUCUCAUUGGCUUUCACGAGUGCGUGCUGCAGGCAUUCAUCAUCCACCUGUUCGCCACCUCCUCCCACACAGUGCUCAUGAUCAUGGCCUUCGACAGGUACGUGGCCAUCUGCAGGCCGCUGCGCUAUGCCUCCAUCAUGACCACCAGGAUGGUGGUGAAGCUGACAGCGUCAGCAUGGGGCCUGGCCUCUGUUUGGAUCGUGAUUCUGAUCGGCCUGACGGUGCGGCUGACCCGAUGCAGGACUCUGAUCAUGAACCCGUACUGCGACAACGCCUCGCUGUUCAAGCUCUCGUGUGAGAGCGUGUUCGUCAACAAUAUGUACGGCUACAUCUUUGCCGUGGUGCUGUUCAGCAGCUCCGUGGGCAGCGUGGCCCUGACAUAUGCCCGGAUCACCGUCGCCUGCCUGACCUCCAACAACAAAUCUCUGAACAGCAAGGCCCUGAAGACCUGCAGCACCCAUCUGGUGUUGUACUUGAUCCUUCUGGUCUCCGGGCUGACAGUGAUCAUCCUGCAUCGCUUCCCUCAGUUCUCAGAGCAGAGGAAGCUGAUGGCCAUCCUGCUGCAGAUCAUCCCCAGCAGCCUGAACCCCAUCAUCUACGGGGUCCAGUCAGCGGAGAUCAUCAAAUCCAUCUCUAAGCUGAUCCGAUCUAAGUCCGUCCCGCUGGUCUGA